ACAAAAGAUCAAAGACUUACUAGUGAAAUUAUUAAUCCAGACAAAAAAAGAAAUAGAUCGAUUACUGUUCCAGAACUCAAAUUGGCUCUUAAAGAAUUUGUGUUAACCUAUCAACACAAAACAGUUUUAAGUGAUUUAAUAUUAAUUGAAAAAGCAAAGCUACUUGCUAGUUGGCUUCAUAAGUUCAAAGAACAUAAUGAAAUUGGCCGUGAAAAAUUGCAUGGUGAGGUUGAAUCAGUUGAUAAUGAUGCAAUUAUUAGAGAACUUCUAUUAUUACAAAAUAAGUCUACUCAACAUCUUUCUGGAUGUAAAAAAGAUAAAGAACGUAUUACUAUUGCUCUAUGUGCAAAUGCUAAUGGAUUACAUAAGUUAAAGCCUUUGAUUAUUGGAAAGUAUGCCAAACUACAGUUUCCCGUUGAGGAUCAAAUUAUUAUAAACCUUGUUGAAACAUUUAAAAAAACUGACAAUAAGAAUGAUAAAAAUCAAGAAGCAGCAGAUGACAGUAUUAAAAAAGAAAUUAUAAGCCCAAAUGUUGCCUUAAAAAGCUUGGAGAAUAUCCAUACUUACUUACUUCAACAAGAAGGUGCUAGUGAAUAUAUCAAGUUAGUUGGCACUAUUGAAAAGUUAUCAAUGGAUGAUAAUGAAGACUUUUACUAUGAUGAUGAUCUUGAUUUUAUAAAUUUAUUAUAUUAUUAA